UGGAUUGGUAAGUACAUGAAACUUGGAUUUUAUCUUUUAUCUAGUUGAAAUUUAGGUAUUGAAACUUAAAAUUUUGUCUUCGAUACAGUGAAGUCUUCAGUUUACUUAUAAGUUAAGAUUUAGUGGGUCAGGGUCCAACAUUUAUAUUUGUUUCCAAUAGUAUGACGGAACUCAUUAUGAAAGCUUUAAUUCUUUUUUAAUUAUAUUUUGUACUUUCAUGAAUUACAGUGCCCAAUUUAAUUAAUCUAUACGAAAAGAAGUUGAAACAGACUGAAGCUGUUACAUUUCUGAAAUGUGUAUUUAAGCACAUGCCAUAUUUAAGCAAGGAACAACUUGAUAAAAUUGGUUGGGAUGAAGCUAUAUACGAUGCUAUAAAGAAUGGAAUAGUGGAGUUCGUGGCUGAAGCGAUUGAAUCGAAGCCUGAUAUAAUAUGGAGGAAAGAUAAAAACGGAAGAGCAAUCAUUGCACAUGCAAUUAUUCAACGCCAAGAAAUGAUUUUUAGCCAUGUCUACGAUUAUUUAGGUGAAAAUACCCGUAUAGCAGUUACUGGAUAUGAUAAGUUUGCCAAUACUUUCCCCCAUUUAGCUGCAAAGUUAGGCCCUCAGUCUCAACUUGAUCGAAUCUCUGGUGCUGCCCUCCAGAUGCAAAGAGAACUAGAAUGGUUUGAGGAGGUAAGCAGGAUUGCACCUCCAAAACACAUGGAAGAAAAGAACGAAAACAACAAAACACCGAGCGAGUUGUUCACUGAGGAACAUGCAGAAUUAGAGAGAGAAGGAGAGAGAUGGAUGAAGAACACUGCAGCUUCAUCCAUGGUUGUGGCAACCCUUAUUGCUGCAGUCAUGUUCGCAUCCGCUUUCACAGUUCCAGGUGGCAACGAUCAGCAAGAUGGAACCCCAAUCCUGUUGAACCACAAGGCAUUCUUGAUCUUCGUCAUUUCAAAUGCGUUAUCGUUGUUUUCUUCAUCAACUUCUUUGCUACUGUUUUUGGGAAUUCUCACUUCUCGCUAUGCAGAAAAAGAUUUUCACAAAUCCUUGCCUAGAAAACUUAUAGCUGGGCUUUUCACUCUCUUCCUUUCGAUUGUGACGAUGAUGGCAUGUUUUGGUGCUGCUAUUUCUUUACUUCUUGAAAAACGAUUGAAGUGGGUUGGCAUUCCGGUUAUUAUUCUUUCUUUGAUUCCGAUCUCUCUCUAUGCUUCAUUUCAAUUUCCUCUUCUUAUUGAGAUACUGAUUUACACCUGUGGAGGUGGGGUAUUUAAGCACAAAAAGGUGACAAGUAAUAAGAAGAGAUUUUGAAAUAAUAGGGUUUUUUUUUUUUCUCGUGCUUUUUUGUUACGUUGUUUAUAUAAGAUGUCAUAGAAAAGAACAAAUUAAUGGAUCUUUUUAAGAUUUCCAGAAA